CGUAAAGAAAGAUGAUAAUGGGAAACACCUUAAUGAAUUAUUUACAGCACCAUUACAGAAAAUUACAGGCAAUGAGCUAUACAUGCAAUCAAUGUUGGCAUUAUUUGACAAGAAAAUUACAUAUACAAAAAAGAAUCUAACUAACUUACUGAUAAUGCUAAUUCUUCCUAUCUUUUCGGUGCUCCUAGACGCCUUAAGUUUCAAUUGGUUAACCGAUUCCACAGAUAUUAUUCCAUUAACUCUCAACAUGUACAAAUAUCCCAAAAUUUUAUAUUCGUCAAACAACGAAUUAAUUGGUCAGAAAUACAGAGACAUUGUUGAAUAUUUCGGUAUAGCAGAGCGCAUAGCUUCGAAUGCAAGUAUUAUUGAUACUCUUCUAAAUUUUUCCAUGAAAGAUAUUGUGGAAUACCGAAACAAUCUUAUCAUAUCCGCCAAAUUUAAUGACACUGAAAAUAACGUGACGUGGGCUAAUGGUUUUUAUUCCGGCUCAGCAAUGCACAGCGUGCCGUUAACAAUAAAUCUCUUAAGUAAUUCGCUCAUCAAAACUUUCGCUGGCAAUAAAUAUUCGAUUGUUGUGUCUAGACAAAAAUUACCGAAUACUAUAUUUAUGACUGCAAUGACAUCGCUGCCUGUGGGACAAUUUUCGGCCGAUUCCUUAUUAAAUUUAUUCCUCUUUUCCACUGUGUCACUUUUUGAAAGUUCGAGUCUAAAGCAAUUAUAUGCGAAACUGCAAUUAUUUGCGGUCGUUUUCAUAUUCUGUUCAUUCUUCUUUUCCACUGUGUCACUUUUUGUAGUGCACCCUUUACAAGAAACAGAGACAAAAGUUAAACAACUCCAGCGCUUGACCGGUGUCACAUCG